AUGCAUUCGCUCUGGCACACCCACUCCACCAAUUUCGACCUGAAGCCGGAACGACUCCUUUCACCUUCGCCCCAUCCCAUCACCCAGAGCGCCCAGCACUCUCCCAUCUUCUCGCUCACCUCUCCAUCGGGACAAGUACCUCCGUCGCCGAUCGAUGGCUCUGUUAUCGAGGCCUUUGACAUCCUGGAUCUCAACAACAACUUCAACCCCGAUCUUGUUUCCACCGAUACCAUCGUCGAGCCAUCCUCCAUGCCGCCCCAGAUCAUCGUGACGGCUUCGGACGACCCCAAGGGGAACGCUUCUCGCUUUCGCCAGCGCGCCAUGAGCGAGAUGCAGUGUGCACCGGCCAUCAUCGAGUCGCUAUUGCCAAACAGCCUCUCGAGCAUCGGUCCCCUCUCGCCUCAGCCUUAUUCGCUGCAAAACGCAACCAUGGACUUUUAUGCAAAGGAGUUUUUCGAAAUCCUCAACCAAGACCCAUGGGGAAAGCCAUCAGAAACCCCGACUGUCUCCAGCGCCCCCGGUCUCUUCAACCCUCCCAACCCUCCCAGAAACGAAAGCUCCAACGACACCAUCAACAUGGAAUGCGACUCGGGUCAACAGCAAAUCCUUGCUCUAGCCAAGUCUGGGUUCCUCGAUCCUUCCACCUCCCGGGCUGCAAGUGUGCCGUCAAGCGCCAACGCCAUCAACGCCGUCAACUCCUCUUCGCUCCUGAUGCUGCCCGGCUCCGUAACCAGCUUGGACCAAAUCCCGGACCAGUAUGUAUUCCCCCAGAGCACCUCAGGUGGCCAGGCCGAUAUUUCGCCACAGAAUCUGCGUCUCUCCAGCCUCAGCCCGAACCCGAUCAUGACAAACGGCCUGCUCCCGUCGCCGGGCCUGGAUCCGUUGCCCAUGGCCAGCAGUACUCACGAGCUCGCGUUCGCUCACCGGGCUAGCUCGCUCGCGAACAACUUUUGUGCCAGCGACUCGAUUCUGUUUCAAGCUGUCUCGCCUGACUUGGGCUCGAGCACACCCACGAUCGAUACGUUGCAAGCUCCUUUGCACUUGCGAGCCCUCAGCAACCCGCCUACCUCUGCGCCCGCACUCUCGGAGCUUAACUUGCAUCAACAGUCGCCACUUCUCGCCCGGUCGCCUCACACUCCGCGAACAUCGCGAGUGAUCAGCUUCGGACCUUACGGCGUGGCCUCGCAGGCAUAUGCGGCAUUCUCUCCCUACACAAACGCCAUCACCUGGCCAUGCCAAGUCCUUGGCUGCAAUCGCACAUUUGUGUCAAAUGCACAGAGAAGAAAGCACUAUGCGACCGAUCACUGUGACGAUGUCAAGCUACUCCAUCCACCCUCCCCAUACUCAAUGUCGCUAGCUACCUCUCCGACCAACUACUAUGGUUUGAGCUUGUCUCCGAGCCCGAUUUAUGCCGAUCCUCGCAAGUCUCACACGCCACCGCCCAUCAUCGGAUUUUCCCAGGACGAUCUGGCCACCGGCUUUGACAGGAUGACCAACCUCGACCGAGACCCUUCGCCGGCCCAAAACCAGAAAGGUCGCUUUGUCUGUCCCAUCCAAGGCUGCGAUCGGGCAUUCACCCGUAACGGCAAUCUCCAGGCCCAUAUCGACUCGCAUGAAGGGGUCAAGCGGUACUCGUGCCCACAUGCCAACUGCACCUCGUCGUUCGUUCGGCACAAUGACAUGAAGCGGCACCUGCGCGGCCACUUUACGAGCGACGAAAGUCUCUUCAAGUGCGACCAGUGCGGGUCAAGCUUCCAUCGGAGGGAUGCGGUAGUUCGUCAUCAAAAGUUCAAUUGCCAUGGCAGACCCCGGAAUAUCAAGAGUUCGUCGCCAGCUCCUAACGAUCCCGAAAUGCUAUCAGAAAUGGUCACCGACGACAAGCUCUGACCCAUGGCGUCGAUGCACCCGUCUCAGAGAGCUCCUCCGGUUGACGCAAUCUUUAUGACCCAGCCGCCGUGGCAGCUGAGCAAAGCUGUGUCGAACUCUGCAUGAAAUCAUGACCGGCUCAAUCGGCUUUGGUCGUCUUAGCAUUUCGCCCCGUGCCCACCAUUUCACACCCGUCGCCAUCGCUCAAUA